AUGAUAUGUGGCACCUGCAAGGGCCACUUCAUUAGUAAUACCCUCCAACCCUCACCAUCUGUAGGGGCUACUCACAGGAGAGUAGCCAGAGAGGUGAGCAUCAUGAGGAAGCUGGGUACCCACAAGAACGUGCUGCAGCUGCUAGACUGGAACAUCACACAGGCUCCUUACAAGCUGAUCCUAGAGUCGGUGAGCAGUGGGACACUGCGCAGUUUCCUUCAAGUGAAUCAAGACCAACUGAGCAGGGACAGUCAACUGCAAAAUCUCUUCACCAGAGCAGCAUAUCACAUUGCCCAUGCAAUGAGACACCUGUGCUCUAAAAUGGUGGUGCACUGUGACCUAGCCCUGAGGAACAUUAUGGUGAACCAUUUUCCCAGAGAGGUGAAGCUGGCAGAGUUUGGACUGGCCCAAGACCUGACUCACAAAAGGAGCUAUCGCAGCAGCUGCAAAGGGGACUACAUGCAAAGUAUGCCCCUGCGUUGGUAUCCCCCAGAGUACUUCAGAAAAAACAACUACUACAGCUUCAAAGGGGAUGUCUGGGCAUUUGGCAUUGUGCUGUGGGAGAUGCAAACAUUUGGGACCUUACCAUAUCCUAACCUGAAGGCUCCAGAGUUGGUGGUGCGCUAUGUCUGCUCUGGACAAAGGAACUCAGUCCCAGAGACAUGUAGGCCAGAGAUGUGA